AUGCGUAUCCUCUGCCUUCACGGGGCUGGGACCAGCGCCGAGAUCUUCAAAAGUCAAACCUCCGCGCUCCGUUGGAAACUAGACGAGACAGAAUACAAGUUCGACUUCCUGGACGCACCGCAUCCUUGGAAACCUGGCCCUGGAGUAGGACCUUUCUUUGACGGACCUUACUACUCUUGGUGGACGGACUGGAACGAAAACGGGGUCAAGGCAGCGGUAGACGAGCUGCUCAAGUACUUGAAAGCACAGGAUGAGCCGUACGACGCCCUCAUGGGAUUCUCGCAAGGGUGCCAUCUCAUAGCGAUGGCGAUCAUGUGGCAUCAGAAAGACUUUCCCGGCGAGCCGUUGCCGUUCAAGGGGGCGAUUUUCCUGUGUGGUGGUGUGCCGCUUUACGUGCUGGAGAAGUGGAUACACGUUCCCGAGGAGACGAAGCGAAUCAUUCGAGAAUCGGGCGAUGCGUUGACCAAUGUGAGAGCCCAGACGCCUCUCAAGGUCGAGAAGAUGCUGCAGACGGGCGAGCGAUCGAGCCUGUGGGAUAUGCCCACCGCGCUAUGGGACGGCAAAGACGAAAAGAUUGGCCCGACAUGGGAUACGCCAUCUUUUACCAAGACGAAUGUCUUUGGGCUAGAUGUCUCGAAUCUGCCGCAACAUGUACAGAUUGACAUCCCUACGUUCCACGUAUAUGGGCACAAGGAUCCGAUGUGUACAGCUUCCUUGAUUUUGAGCAAUCUUUGUAGGGAGGAUCGGAGACAGGUGUAUGACCAUGGCGGAGGGCAUGAUAUCCCUAGGCCGUCGUGGGUCUCAGAGGAUCUCGCUGGAGGCAUCCGAAGGGUAAAGGAGAGGAUAGCAGAGGGGAAGGGGUUGAGAUGA